CGGCAUGAAGUGUACUUUGGUGUGGUAACACUGGGACGAUCUCACCUCGCGCGUGAACGAAAAUAAAUUCCCAUCUGUUUAAAUAUUGUGCAAGUUUUUUUUUAUUAUUCUUCCAAAAACCCAGUUCAAAAUGUGUGCGUUUUAUGUUCCUAUUAUUUUGACAGCGUAACCUUUUUUUCUAUAAUUUUGUGUUCACAGUGCUCGAGUGGGUUUUGUUUUUGUAUUCGUGUAUUGUGAAUGGAUUUAUUAUAACUCGAUUAUGAAGGCGUGCGCCUCGUAAAAGAUAACUUCAAAAAUGGUGCAAUGAUGUAAAAUAAUGCUGCUACAGCAGGCGUCGUCGUCGCCAGGUCCCAGUGGCACGGCCAGUCCCAAGCUUGCUCCCAACUCUAGGCCAAACCCCAGUCCAAAUUUCAGUUCAAGGCUCACUGGCAGUCCAAGCCUGAGCGAUGGUGCAUCAAGCUCUAAUAGUCCAAAAUUGGGAACCAACAGCCCAAAGUUGGGAGCAAGUCCUAAAUAUGGGAGUCCAAGAAUGGGUGGGAGCCCUAGAUUUGAGGGAAGAGGCGCAUUGGAAGACGAGGUCGCAUUGGAGAGGCUUCAGACAGAACUAAAAGAUGGGUGGACAGUUCACACGGGGAGAGAUGGCAGACUAUAUUAUUGCAACCAUAUCACAAGGACAGCUAGCUGGUUGCCACCAGUUGAGAGCUGGCCGGUGAAGGAGGGUGACAGCCCACAGGACGAGGACUUACCAUACGGUUGGGAACAAGCGCUUGAUAGCCGAGGGAAGAGUUAUUAUAUCAAUCAUGUCAACAAGACGACGACAUACGUGGCGCCGGAGGGCAUCUCGUGCGAGUCACCGCCCGCCCCUCGGGACGUGGUGCUCGAGAGGGAUCCUGAGCUGGGCUUUGGAUUCGUUGCUGGCUCGGAGAAACCUGUACUUGUGCGCUUUGUUACCGACAAUUCGCCAAGCGUUGGAAAGCUCGAACCCGGAGACCAGAUCCUGGGCGUCAAUGGAGAAGACGUCAGUACAGCUGCUCGGGAGCAUGUUAUAUCUGCAGUCCGCGCAUGCGCAGAACGCGUCACGUUGCGAGUAUGUCAGCCAGCCAGGAGUGGUAAUUUGGCGAGGAGAUCGGCAUUUUUGUCGGCAGCAAAACGAGCGAGAUUAAGGGCUAGACCUCCAAGGGUCAGAUUUGCGGAUUCAGUGCAGCUAAAUGGGGCACCUAUGUAUCCUCCAUCUGCAUUUUCACUCGGCGACCUCUGUCUACCACCAAUGGCGAAUGUCCUUAAAGUGUUUCUCGAGAACGGUCAAACGAAAUCCUUCAAAUACGACACGACGACCACCGUUGCGGAUGUUGUCACCAGUCUGAAGGACAAGCUCUGUAUAACCGCUGAAGAACAUUUUAGUUUAGUAGUUGAACACGUCAAGAGUUUAAGGAGAAAUAAGUUGACGUUACUGGAUCCUAAGGAGUCUUUAGCGAGGAUCGCAGCCCGGCCGGGUUCGCACAAAAUGCGCUGCCUGUUCCGCGUCGUGUUCAUGCCGUCGUCGGCGGGCGAGCUGGCGCAGCGGGACCUGGCGGCGCUGGACUACCUGUACCUGCAGUGCUGCAACGACGUGGCGCAGGACCGCUUCGCGCCCGAGCUGCAGCCCGACGUCGCGCUGCGCCUCGCCGCGCUGCACAUCCACCAGCACGCCCUGGCGCACAACCUGGCCCCCGCGAAGCUCACCGUGAAGGCCGUCGAGAGAGAAUUCGGUCUGGAAAGGUUCGUGCCGAGCAGUCUACUGGAGAGCAUGAAGCGUAAGGAGCUGAGGCGACUCGUCGCUCACUUCCUGAAAUUGAAUGCGCAGAUGACCGGCAGCCAGCGACAUCUGACGCAGCUACAAGCGAAGCUCCACUAUCUGGAUAUCGUAGCCGGGCUGCCGAGCUACGGCGCCAAGUGCUUCAGCAGCAGCCGGCCCGAACGGGUGCUGCUGGUGUCGCCUCGCUUCGGACUCAGCCAGAUAGUUGGCAGAAACAAUUCUGUGCCGCAGGCGCUGGCGGCGCUGGCGGAGGUGGUGCGCGUGCGCGUGCGCGGCGCCGACGUGUGCGUGUUCCUGCAGCGCGAGCGCGUGCUGGCGCUGCUCAUGGACGAGCGCGACGCCGCCGAGAUGCCGCUCGUCGUCGCCGGAUACUACCGUCUCGCGACCGGACGGGAGUUGGAAAUCGAAUUAGAUCGAGAACCGAUCACUGAAGAUAUUGCGCCGCCAUAUUUAUCACAGCAUAACGUUGUGCCCGCGAAAUGGAGCUACUUGUACUAUGACGAUCCGCUGCUGAUCACGAAAAAGCACUUCGCGAUAUUCAGUAUGCCGCCGCCGUACCAUUCCACGCCAGACCAGUCUAAAUCCAGCUUAGACACGAACAUGAAUACCAGUAUUGCGAAUAGGAAUCAUAGUAACAGCUCCAGUCCCGUAGUUGGUUACGGACAGAAGCAGAGCGUUCUCGGUCAAGAUUACCACUUUGACAAGUGUAAGAAGAACGAUGAGUUUAGGCUAUUCGAUCCUAACGAUGCUUGUUAUCUAGACGAUGGUAUGGGCUUUGAUUUACAAAGCGUAUUAUCUAUGGAACUCUUAGAAAACGCAAGCAACCCGCGUAUAGUCGAGGCUAAAAACGAGGAAGUAUUACGUAGAGUAGCAGAGAUGCAAAAAUUAGUAGAGAACUCUGAACAGUAUUUGACUGAAAAUUGUGAUGUUUACAAUGAUAUUGGUUAUAAUGGUAUACUAAGAGAUGAACUAGUUGGUAAAGAAACGUGCGUAGAUAAUUUAGAAAGUGACACUGAGUCUAUUAAUAGUAGAAUGUCGGCCGCUGAUGAUGCUCCGGGUAUAUUGAAACACAGCGAUUCAUUGCUACUCUUAACCGAAACAAUCAAUCAAGGUUUGAAUGGUUUAUCUGUGGCUGAAACCGAGAAAGAGUACAGCGGUAAUGAUUUGACGAACCGACAAUCUCAAGGUCUCAGUGCGAUCCUUAAUAACUGUGGUCUUACUGACGCUUUGCUAGCUCUUAAUAACGAUGUUGCAUAUUCCGAAAGCGACAAUGAUUCGUCAUACACUCCAACAAAUAGUCCUAUACGAAAACAUCAAAAUAAAACUACAAAUAAGGCGGUCCGAACCAGCUUUGGACUGCAUAGUCCCGAUGCUACUCUAGAUACUAAGGAUUCAAGUCUAAAAGAAUAUUUGAAACAGUUAAGAGAAAAGAGUAAUAGAGAAGAAAACGCAGCUGAAUUCCCAUUCUUUUAUCAGGAAAGUAUUGUCGACAACGACCCAGAGCUUAUAGAUUUAACAUUGAUACCCCCACCACAGACCCCUGACGAAUUAGAUUGUGCUACGCAAGUGCCUCAAAUUCUACCUGUUGUUCCACCAUCUUUUGCUGACGACAAAGACACAGAACAAGAUGAUAUACAAAAGAGUAGUGACCUAGAAGAGUUCAUUGCCAACGUUACCAUACAACCGCCUACUGUCAAAGUAACACCAGCGAUUGAACUCACGCCUGAAGAGAUCAUGUCAUAUAUUAUUCCACCCCCACCUGGAUCCAACUCGUCAACUUUAGAUAGAGAUCAAGCUAGUUAUGUUAAUGAAACUGAGUUAUGUGAAACGAAAAACGAUAACAACUCCUGUGAUGAUGUGAAACCCGCAAAUGGUGACGUUACUAGAGGAGUUCUCAGCGUUAGUGAAAUCAGAAGCAUGUUCACGGCAAAAGGAUUAAGCGACGCCAGAAAUAGCUUACUAUUAAAAGAUAAAACUAAAACUUCGACUAAGUCCGAUUCACCUAAAAACAAGAGAAAAAGCAUAUCAAACGAAAAACAAGCUAACGGAAACGCACAUGUUAUAGAGUACCCGACCGUCGAGAGAAAAGGUAUGUUCUCUUGUUGUAGUAAAGAUAAAAAUAAAAGCGACGAUAGCAACGAUGAAACCGAAAAAAUCGAAGGUCACAUACAGAAUUCCGAUUCUAUGCCCGACGUCUGCGAGAUUCGACCCCCUCCCAGGCGGAAAAGUAACGAAAUAAAAAAACCACCCGAACGUCCACCCAAAACGCCCCCCACUCCGGCCCCUCGACCUAGAUCGAAUUCAUUCACAUGCGUUAAUAACGAAUUAAGUUCUGUCGAAAUCACAAACAAUCAUUUUAGCACUUUGAAUAAUAGAAAAUUAAAUUAUAAGGUAGUGUGUGAAAUAAAUGAGGGAAUAAGGGAGGGAACCCACCACCCUCCUCAGCUACCACCGAGACCAGAAACUAAGAUUCUGGUACCCCCUCCACCUAUACUUCUACCACCUAAGAAGCCUCCACUGCCUCCAGUCCCCAGUAUCGAAGUCUUACGCAUGAAAAAUUCGCAGAAACUGUCGCCAGUGCGCGCCACUGAGCGGCUCGCUAGUAUCGGGUCUCCGCACUUCCAAAGAAACCUCAACACGUAUCGGAACCUCGAAAACGAAAGCAGAUUGACAGACGACGAAGCGCAAAGUACGAGAUCAUCCCUAAAUUACAGUUCCAUGACGCUGCAGAAUCGCCACGUGCGCUCCAACUCGGAAACGAAAAAUACAAUUUUAAAGAAUAAGGAGAUGUCCACGGCCCUGUCGUUGUGUUCCCCUCAGAUGAACAGACGCUUUAGCAACAGACCGGAUUUAUUAAACGGGGCUCCAGUCCACGAUCAUAGAAUGUUCAGCCCUCCUCUGUCCGAGAGGAAGGCCAUAAGGAGGGACAGUGCGAGUCCGACCGGCAAGGUUCAAAACCACGUUCGAUUCAAGGAGGACGUCGUCGAUGACAUUCCCACUCCGCCCUCACCCCCCACGAUGAAGUUUCCGGAUUUCCAGGCUGGUAACAACGGACACGUAUCGAUAGAGAACUUGCUGUGCAAAACAGAGGUCGCCGUCGAUGGACUCCUGCAGAGACUGCACCAGGUGGCUCAGAAGUGCUCGCAUCAGCACGCACACGGCGGAGGAGAGGACAUCGAUGAAGUCAAGUUUCAGCGCGCACGAAGCGAGCUGACGUCGUGCGCGGUGUCGCUGGUGGGCGCGUCCCGCGGGCUGGUGGGCGCGCUUGGAGCCGCACGCGCCGCGCACGUCGCGCUGGCGGACUGUCUCGCGCCGCUCCGCCGCCUCGCCGACCUCGCACAGGCUCUCGGACGACACACAUCUGCACCUCUCCAAACCAGGAACCUGGUUCUUCGAGUCCACGACGUUACAGCCGCAUUUAAGGACUUAGCGGGCGCUGAAAUGGCCCAAAUUAUCCACGAACACAAUGCAAAACUCAAUCAGAAUCAAGGACAAGACACUAGUUCCACCCUGGAAGGUCAACUAGCCUUAAGAGCUGAAUGCCUUGCGAAUGUACUUGCUACCCUGCUUAGGAGUCUUAGAGUAUUCUCUCCUUAAAGUCUAAAUUAUAUAACUUUUUGAAUCUGAGAAAGAGUGCAACGCAUUCAAAUACGUGGCAGCUAUUAUAUUACUUUUUGUCUUGAGAUGAUUUUUGAUGAAUGGAAAAGCGCGCGAAAAUGAUCUACAGAUAAAAAAUAUUCAUAACGACAGAUAAUAAAUGUUACUGCUCAGUAUAUUAAGAGUAUUAAAUGUUUUGUAAUAUUAAAUAAUAACAAUCUGAUUCAUAAUAUUAUAAUGUAUAAUAGUUUAAACUUCUGUUAAAAUGACCGUUACUAAAAUGAGACCAAAUAAAAUUAGGUAUGUUUGUAUAAUUAUUGUAGUGGCAACACUUGUGUUAAUUAAGUUGUAGUUUUGUAAAUUUUAACAUACGUUAAUUGAUUUUAGUAAUAUUCUGUUGAAGUUUAGAAUAUUAGGCCUAUGAAAUAUUAUUGAUUGCAUGAUAAAAUUUUAUUUAGAUUUUUCUUACUUUAAGACAAACGCAACGUGAAAAAUAUACGCCUUUAUAUCUCAGCCGUUUUUCGACGAUUUCGUAGUUAAAAUGUUACCAUAUAAAAUAAUUUAGUUAACGUAACUAACAUAUCUGUUCUCAUUAUCAUUACUGUAUAUUUCUUAUUAGAUAUGUGUGAUUAAAAAUAGGGUGCGAAAAUAUAUCAUUAAAAAUAAUCUGUAUUCGGGCGUGUCUAACAUAUUAAAAAAAAAGUCAAAUGCAUUUUUCCUUUCAUGGGCAUAUUAAUUUGCAUGAUAAGUCUGCGUUGCUAGGUGUAAAAAAUGUUAAAUGUGCGGCGAUCGUUUUUUAUGUACACGCUACGUGCUAAUAUCUAACAUUGGUGCUAUAUUUUUAAAGUGUACGUCUUUCUAAUUCAAUUGGUUGAAAUUAUCAAACGACGUGUGAAUUGCACCAGUGAUUUGAAUUAUAGUCUCUGAUCUACGCAAUGGAGCUUCCAAAACAUUUCUUGGAGUUGGUACUUCUUUUUUUUGUUGUGUCGUUAAAUUUGGAAAUUUUUUAUAAUAAUCAUGAUUUCGAACUGUCGCGCAGUUUUAACAAUCCCAUUUAUUCUUAUUUUAAACUUACUGUUUGGGUUUUUUUUUUUUUUUAAUAAAAAUUGACAGAGGCGUGAAUUAUGUUGACCAUUUAUCGUGGUCAUAUCUAAAUAUGUAUUCAUUGAUUUAUAUGUUUCAAACACUCAGCGCGACAGUAUGAGUACUAAAUUGCAAUUAAGAUCUUAAUAUUCUGUUUUUUCUUUUUUUUAAUUAUCUAAAGACGAUAAACAAAUUAACGAUUACAAGUUUGCAUAAUAAUAAAUAAUCUCGUUAUAAAGCAAAUUUACUUUACGUGUACAGAUAAUAAUGCAUUAAUUCCAUAUGAUUUACUUACUUUUGUCACCUGUGAAGUACAAUUUUUUUACUCUUUUAUUAAAAAAUUCUUUACCAGUAUUUAGCCAAAGACAAGAUUUUAUUUUUUUAUUUCUUUUUGAUAAUAAACACCUCGUUCAUUCCUUUAUGCUUAAUAAUACUUCGAAAUAUAAAGAUAUUAUUCCAAGGAAUUUAUAAGACGGAGUUUUUUAUUUAUUUCAAAUAAUAUAUACCACGGUGGACUUAACGUUUAUAUAAAAAUGUCUGAGUAAGUACAUACAUACUGUCACAUAUUAUGAAUACCCCUAAUAAAUAUAAAUAACUUCACGGUUGAAAAAAUAACAUUUAAAGUUACCAUAUAAAAAAAAAAUUGACAACAUUGAAUUUUUAUUAUAAUUGUUAAAUAUACGAAUUAUAUAUCUUCGUCUCCUUCUCGCUUAUUUGUUCAUCGUGUGUAAGAGCGAAACGAAUCGAUGUAAGUCUAAAGAACAACAAAAAUGGCGUGUAAUAACGAUCUGUCUUUAUAAAAUAUGUGACUGUUUAUGUAUGUAUUGAAUAUAAAGUAAUAAUUAAUGUAUAAAUGAAUUAACUGCUAGUUAAAUCUUUAUUAUACAAGGUAACUGUA